AUGGAAGACCAGAGAACCAAACCAUCCAUCUUUCUCGACUUCAACAACAUAACCAACCCUUACCGUCUGGACCACGGAGACAACCCCUCCAUUUCACUAGUUCCAGAAUUACUCACCACAGACAACUACACCACCUGGUCCAGAGCAAUGUGCCAUGCACUGCGAGCCAGAAACAAAAUCGGUUUCAUCAACGGCACAAUAUCCAAACCUACGGACCCAGAAGACCCACUACUUGGAGCAUGGGAACGAUGCAAUGACCUCGUGGUCUCAUGGCUGCAGAACUCGAUCAGCCAAAACCUCAAAUCCAGCAUCGCACUAGUUGACGACACCCCCGUGAUCUGGGAAGAGCUAAAAGACAGGUUCACACAAGAAAACGGACCACAGAUCUUUCAGCUGAAGAAAGCAUUGGCAGGAUCACAACAGGAACAAGACCCCGUAAGUAUUUACUUCGGAAAACUAAAAUCCCUAUGGGAUGAACUAGGGAUAUACGAUCCCAUUCCCAACUAUGACUGCGGAAAGCUAAAGGUCCUUGUUGACAGGUACCAACGAGACUGCGUAAUACAGUUUCUGAUGGGUCUAAAUGAUUCCUAG